AUGGUCGUCGUCACCUCGAUCCUGUGGUUGACAGCCAUUGUUCUCUUGAGCCUCGUCAAAGGAUCGAACUCCGCGCGUCGCUUUGACCGCCGUAGUGAUCUUGACUAUGUUCCCCCGAUCAACGCCUCGGUGGCCGCAGGCUGGACAGUACCUCUCCAGGGCAGCAUCACUUGCGAUGCUAACAAAUCCUGCACGGAUUCCUUGUCACCGCCGCCUCCCGGCAAGCCUCUUCAAUACCUUGCAAUCGCGCGAGGCCUGUACAUGUAUCUGUGCGAGGGAAAUGGAUCUAGCGAAGCCGCCAAAUUUCAGUCUCAAUCCACCCAGCUUUACGAUGCAGCACCUCUUAUCCAAAAUCUCCCCAACGAAGCAGCAUUCCAUGCUUUGCCUGCCAAACUUCAUGACUUCGACUAUGAGCAACAGAAAAACUCUACGUUGGAAUGCUUGGGCACGAUUGGGACUGUCAACGAGACAGCAAUUGUCAUUCUUUUCGACAUUGCGACGUUCGAAGCCCUUCCGCAUGAAUCCGUGCUAGCCCCGGAUGAUCCUGGAAGCAAUAGCAGAUGGGCACACUCGGUGAGCCCCAAGAGGGAUUGGGAUAUCUACCGAGUCGAGGUCGCGGGAGGCGCUCCACCUGUAUGUGACAGUCAACGCUUCAUGGCGGAAGAAGAAUACACGGCAGAGUACUGGUUCUUUUACUCUGGGGGAGAAGACUUGUGGACGCCAAAUGAAGUCAAGAGAGAAGAACUAAUUAAUUCUAUCGAUCUGCCAGCCUUCAUCUGA